ACGCUUUGACUAAUCGAUUAAACAACAAGCGGCUGUUGUUUUUAGUUAUCUUUCCAUUGAAUAUUUUCUUGUCAGAAGUGUAACAAUGUAAACAAGUAUUAGCCAUGAAUAAUGCGUUCGCUUUCAUGUUGAUUUUAGUUUUCCAAGCUGAAGGAGCUCCAUUCAACCAAGAGGCUAAGAGCAAUACUCAUCACUCGGUGCAGUUUCUGGUUUUAGCAGACUGGGGUGGUAUGCCUCACCAUCCAUACUCGACCAUGGUUCAAGUCAACGUAGCACAACAAAUGGCAAUCACGGCGGAGAGGGAAAAUGCGAGUUUUGUAGUUUCACUCGGUGACAACAUUUAUUUGGAAGGUGUCCACGACGAGUAUGAUUCAAGGUUCAAGACGACAUUUGAAGAAGUUUAUUAUCAGGACUCCUUGCAUAUUCCAUGGUACCUUAUUGCCGGAAAUCAUGAUUAUUAUGGCAACGUUCGAGCACAAAUGAUAUAUUCAGCCUUUUCAAGCAGAUGGAACUUUCCAUACUUUUACUACAAGGAAACGAGGACUCUACCCGGUGGUAAAGUUUUGGAUAUCUUAAUGCUUGACACUAUAGUUCUCUGUGGUAACACAUAUGGACGUCCAGAUGGCGGACAGGGUGUGAAAGGUCCUAAAAGUGUCUACCGUGCCGAAAAGGAGUGGACCUGGAUAGAACAAAAUCUCAAAGAUUCUACGGCUGAUUACCUCUUAGUUUGCGGGCAUUAUCCUGUCUUCUCCGUGGGAGCUAAUGGGCCGACAGAUAUCCUCCUUACAAGACUCGAACCUCUGCUAUACGAACACCGUGUCACAGCUUAUCUGUCUGGGCAUGACCAUAAUAUACAGCACAUCCAGACGAACAGAGGUGAAGAACGAAUGAAUUAUUUUAUAAUAGGGAGUGGGAGUUACACUAUCACAAAACAGCUCAAUCUUGGCCGCGUGCCAGGGAAUUCCCUUAAAUUCUUUUUCGCUGAGCAUGGAGGAUUUGCGUUAUUUGAUGUGUCUGACACAAGAAUGAAAAUUAAUUUUAUUGACAGUAAAGGAAUAGUGCGAUACGAAUAUAGCCUGCGGCCGCGGAAUUAAAUAAAUUAAAGUUUCAAACUCUAUAUGAAAAUAUAUUUUAUGUAUGUACAUCGCAGAAUACCGGUAUUUUUCAGCGGAAAUGAAAAAACGACAGCAAUGUAUAGGAGAUUGCCACAGUUAAUAUAUCAGUUAUAUAUAUAGCAAGUGGAAAAAG